AUGGCUUAUAAUAGUGAUUUCCAGGAUCUCUUACCUUGUGAUUAAGAAGAUUUUGCUAUCAAAAUGCCUGUUAAGACUCAUUUGUAGAGAUUGGAUGUAAGUCAGUCUCCUAAAAGUAGCAAUUACUUUAAUUAUUAAUUGAUGAUUUGGAUGUGGCCAAAAAAGACAAAGAAUAAUUGCGAAAUAAUUUAAUUGAAUUAUCGUAGAAGACCACUGAUUCAUUUGAUGAGGCAAAUAAAUAUUUGAAUGAUGAAUAUAGAAGAUUAAUGUAGGAGUUUCAUGAAUAAAAUGCCUUAUAAUUAGAACAACAUCAAUUUCUUAAAUAAUAAGUCGAUUAGAUAAAUUAAGACAGAAUUAAAUUAUAAUAAAAUACUAUUGUACUUGAAAACAGAGUUUAAGAUGCAGAAAAAGAAUUGGGAUUUAUUUGA